UUGGUGAUCGCAUCGCAGCGCGGUGUUCGCUCGUGCGAAUGGAUACGUAAAAUGGCGAGGUGCAGUUGUUAUUUACUCUCGCCGAACGCAUCCAAGUGAGAUCAGGGAAGAGCGAGUCAAAGUACCGAGUUCGUCACUAGCUCGAAUUUGUUACGGCGUGUUUAUAACACAACUCGUGCGAAUGAUCGUUGUACCGCAUAAAUACUAGCAGAUUCCUCUACAAACAUGAUAUUGAUGGAUUGGUCUAAAUCAGUGUAUUAGCAACAAUCCAAUUUUGAUCUUUAUUAAUUGAGAAAGGAUCAUAUUUGCUAACACCUAAGUUUUGAAUAAUAUGGAUACACAUUAUUAUAAUGUUGUGCACAAUGCCAGUGGUACUUUCACAUUAGAAGAAGUACCAAGAAUCUGUACUGCAGACGGCCAACGUAUUCAGUUUGUUGUUGAGGAUGUUAGUGAUAGCAGUAAUGGUUCACAACGGCUUGUGACUUAUACUACUGCACCACAAAACAGGCAGGCAAUAUUAACCCCGCAAACUAUUAAUUUAGGGAAUCAAAUAUCUACGACGCGAUUGGAACAAGGACAAAAUGUCUAUAUAAUCAAAACGAAUGAUAUAUCUGGAACCCAGGAGAUAUUAAAACAGGAGGUAUUAAAUACCGUGAAUGCACAUAUUGUUAAUGAAAAUAUUGUGAGCAUUGCAAGUAAUACAGGUAUUAAGACAGAAUGUAAAAAUGAAGGGCAGUCAGUGCAGUUUAUGAAAAUACAAAACGCUAAUACUUCCACAGUAGCGAAGCAAAAUGCAUUGUUAGAAAAAAAUCAGACUGCCAUUUUAACUAAAAGUAAUAUACAAAAUAAUAUCACACCGCCUUUUUAUGUAAAUUCUGAAUCAUAUAAUCCAUGUCAGAUGGAGAAAAAAUUAAAUGUUAAAGCUUGUCAGAUUAAAAAUCGACAGUUAACAAAUAACAUUGUGGGUAUAAUACCUCAAACUCCAGGAAUAAAGGUAGUAACUACGAUGGAAAACCGGAUUCAAAAUUCUAAUACAAUUGGUCCUAAAUCUACGCUGUCUGUCUGUAAAACUAUCGGUUCACAAAGACAGGUUGUGGCUGUGAGACCUGUUCGUACUCCUAAUUCGAAUAUUUCGCACGUGCGACCAGUGGCAAUAGUUCCUCCUGAAAUUUCUAAAACACCAACGAGAAUGCAACCUCCAGAUAUGGAGCAUUUAAAUGAGCAAAUCAAGCAAGCCAAAAUUAAACAGUUAAAACUGCAAAUCGAGAAACAAAGGUUUUUACAAAAUAACACACAACAACUCUCUCAUACUUUGCAGCAUAUUCAUUCCUCGUCGCAUAAUCCCACGCGUCAUUUUAUAAGUUCUACGCAACAAAGAACGCAGCAGAUUUCAAUCUCUACACAACAACCGAAACCAUCUGUGGUAAUGUCAGUCUCUUCAUCAGCUGAGCAUAAUACGGCCAUUACUAACACUGAUAUGGAAGUCAAUUCUUCGGAACUUGUUCAGGAGAAAGGGCACAGUACACAACAGUCUUCUUCACCACGAUUAGAACAUGAAAGCAGUUCAAGUGAAAGCGUCGCUUACCUUAAAAACACAAUUAAUGACCCAGCAAAUGCCAUAGUUCAGCAACAAAUUCAAGGAAAUACGGCAAAAAUGUUAGUGAUGUUAGCCACAGGAGAACAGAGACUAAUUACGUUCGAUAUACCGAACGAGGACUGCACUGUACACGACCUAUUGGAUCAGGUGAAUAUUCCAUUCCCUAAUGAAACGCAAGUUUCUCUGGUGGAUGAUCCCGCACUGGGUAUAAACUACAUAGUGGAACCAAGAGAUUCCGGGAUGCUUUCAACAUCCUUCGAGGGUACUGAUGGUGAUUGUAAUUCUACUCAGGAAAUUGUGAGCUCCACUGCGAAUAUUGAAAAUUUAUCUCAAAGUACCAAUGCAUCGGAUGAAAAUAGUAACACUUCACAAACUAUUGAGGAACCUAUUUUGGUCAAAGGAAUGCUUGCUCUCUGUCCACACUGCGGAUACAGUUCACUAUUCUUCAACCGAUGUGAACGAUGUAAUACAAAAAUAAAAAUUGAUGGAGUCAAAUCGAUACCCAUAGCAGAAAGGAAGGAGGCUGGGAUGUCUGUCGAUAUGUUUUAUAAGAAGAACAACGAACGAAAUGCUACGAAAUCAGAGAAAAUAGAACGAGAUGGUCCCAAACGAUCCAAAGGAAAAGCUAAAGGUACAGCUUCCAAACCAAAGCCUAUUCAUAAAGAGCCAGAAUGUUUGACAAUAUCUUCUGACGAAGAGGAAGAAGGCAGACCUAAAAAAACUGGAAGCAUUAAUAAUAACGCAGUAGUAGGCAACGCAAGUAACACAUUUAAUGAAGAUAUGGACACCAUUGUGGAUAAGGAACCAAUAAUUACAAACACUUCUGUUUUUAAUUUAUAUGAUGAUGUUAUAAAUAAUGAAGAAAAUAGUAAAGAAAUAAAUGAAAAUCAGAACUUUCUUGAUAUUGCACAAACUGCUCUAGAAUGUCGAACGGUCAGAAUAGGUUCUUAUAAAUAUAUUCCUCGGGAAAAAGUAGUGAUUUCCUAUAGUGGUGUAAGAUUUAGCGUACCAUUAUUAGAAGAUGAUGCAAGUUUUGUUACUCUUGACGUGAAAUAUAAAGAUAUAGUUAAACUCUUAAUCCAUUUUGGAAAGACAAUGCCAGUACUAUUCUUUUAUACAUCUGUAAAUACAGGAGCCAUGAUACGUGAAUUAUUAGGAAUGCAAGAUCCAAAGGGGCCAUAUUAUGACCCUGCUGGAAAAGAUCACACGCAUAAACGUAUUACAUUAUUACCAGACAAGUUACCGGAGGAUUCAAAGGUGAUAUUAACAAACUUAUUCUCACGAGGACAUAAAAUAGACGAAUUAAGUCCUAAAGAAGCUAAUGAUAUACUUAUACGGGCAUCACCAAGAGAUUGUUUACAAUCACAUAAUACUACACGGAAACAGAGUCAAAACGUAGCAAAUACUACUGCUGUUAGUGAUGACAUACAAACAAUAACUGUAUAUCCACCACCUCCUGCAAAAGGGGGAAUAGCCAUCAACACUGAAGAUUACUUAUGUCUUGCGGAAGAUCAGUUCUUGAAUGAUGUCAUUAUAGAUUUUUAUUUAAAGUAUUUGACCUUAGAGGUAUUAUCAGAAUCUGAUCAACAUAGAACUCACGUGUUUAGUUCGUAUUUUUACAAACGUUUAACUAGCCCACAUGCCCAAGCUGCCGAAAGCAUCGUGCCAAUGACACCUGCUGCCAAACGGCACGCGAGAGUACAGAAGUGGACGAAAAAUGUUAAUAUAUUUGAAAAAGAUUUUGUUAUAAUUCCCAUAAACGAACACGCACAUUGGUUCUUGGCUAUUAUUUGCUUUCCUGGGUUAGUUGGAAAAGUAUCCACCUGUACUGCAAAAACUAACGAAAACUAUGUUAAUAAGACUGCGCAAAAAAGUAAAAAAAUAAAAGAAUUAAAAGCAAAAGCUGUCACAAUUGGCUCUACAACAAUCACUCCUGUACCAACGACCAUAACGAUAGACCAGUUAGAUGAUGAUGGAUCUGAGAGAGACGAAGCAGAAGGCGACGAUGAUGAAAUGGAAAUGGAUAGUGACGAAGAGGACGAGAUAGAUCAAUCAGAAGAAGACAAAAUCCAAAUUAAUAUUAAACUCGAAGAGCAGAAGGAAACCAUCAGGAAUCCCUGCAUAUUGAUAUUCGAUUCGCUUGCUGGUGCUAGUAGAUCACGAGUGGUUGCUACGUUAAGAGAUUAUUUAAGUUGCGAACAUGUUGCCAAACUUGGUGUAGAAAAGACGUUCUCGAAAGAUACUAUUAAAGGAGCGUGUCCAAAAAUACCCCAGCAAUCAAAUUUUACUGAUUGCGGAUUAUAUGUUUUACAAUAUGUGGAAAGUUUUUUUAAGGAUCCUGUUAAAGAUUAUACUUUGCCAAUUAAAACUUUGAAAACAUGGUUCGAGGAAAUUGUUGUAACGAGAAAAAGGGAAGAAUUAUCGAAUUUAUUAAUUAAAUUGAUGAAUAUUAAAGGGGGUAAAACUAUUAAUUUACCUACUGUAAAUUUCCCUACAAAGUCGGAGUCCGAGAAUAAUAAAAGAAAAUCUACGAGUGAUGCAGAUACACGAAUGGUCACAUUUGUGACAGAAAAUAAUGAAUCAACUAACGAGGUCGUUGGUAGAACGUAUCAGAUCAUUCCUUAUUCUUUGAGUUCUAAUUCGUCUGAGAGUAAUUCUUCAGAUAUAUUGACGGAACAGAAAAUGACAAGGAUAAUGCCUGGAUCAAUAGAUUUGAUAGUGUCUACAGCGUACAUUGGAGUCACGAUUUGGAUAGCGUAUUGGCUAAGGCUGUAUGCAUUAUUUUAUCUUGAUUCUUAUCCCCUCACAAGAGCUUUGGUUUUUGAAUUCAUAGCUACAGCAGAACUUUGUGGGGCAUGUUUCGAGCUCAUUAUAAUUGCGGACAAUUGGGGAGUAUGGAUGUACGCGCUUUAUUUGUUUCUACUAACAAUCUGGUGGUCGGUAAACUGGGAUGAAGCUUCUGCGUGUCCUUAUACACACAUGGAGGAUGUAGUAAUACGUAAAAAGCCCUUGAUUGUCGCAUUUUUAUCGAUAUGCGCGGAAUUGGCCGGUGGUCUUCUUAUAUUUAAAUACAUCCAAAUAUUGUGGGCGUUACAAUUCGCUUCUACGCACAAGAAUAGAGCUUAUGGCGAUUGCACUACAGAUUUGCAGGUAUCCGUUAUAAUUGGAGCGCUUGUGGAAUGCGUUGCAACAUGCAUGUGCAGAGUGGUAUCCCGCGUGCUGGGUGACUUGAACCCGAGGUUUAGCACGGUCAUCGAUGCUUUUGUGGGGACGUCUUUGGUAGUUGCAGCUUUCAAUUACACCGGUGGUUACUUUAAUCCUGCACUGGCAACUUCUUUAAAAUAUGGUUGUCUAGGAACCUCGUCCAUGGAGCAUGUGAUAGUUUAUUGGAUUGGAACAUGCAUCGGAUCUAUCGCCUCCUUGCACGUGUACCGUAUGCCGUUUGUACAAAAUUUCAUUCAAGUACAAGAAAGUACAGAUGCCGUUUAUUAGAUAAAAAAUUCGGUAAAAUUAUUUUCAAGAGAAUUUAAAUGUUUGUGGUUUAUAAUUAUAAUCAUCAGUACCUCUUUAAUUACGUACAAAAGUCUAACAAUGUACAAAACUGUGUGCCAAAAUUAAAAACGAUAGUUUUAUACAUUCCCAUUGUCGUGUAAAUAAUUAUGAACCUGUUCGCAGUUCUGAUUACACUUCGGAGACAAAAAAGUAUUCUAAAAUUG